UAUUUAUUAAUCGAUUUCCACUCGUCCACGGAUAAGGAAUUGUGUUUGUGGGAUUCGUGUUUUCCCGACAACCAAGGCGUGUAUUGGGUUUAUAUUCCACAAAAAUGAAGAAUAUUAAAAAAAAUUAUCAUUUGUUAAAUGUGCUUGCAAAGACAACACUCGCUCAGAGAAAGGCUUUGUUAAAAGAAGCUUCCCCCGAUCAAAUAAAAGUCAUAUGCGAAAUUUGCGACAACACGCUUAAAGGUCAUUUGCCCGUUAAUGUGAACAAGUUAAAAAAAUAUAAAGGAUGUAUACGGAAACUCGCAAAUAAGAAAAUAGGUCUCCAAGCAAAAAAGAAGAUUUUGGUAAAUCAAUCUGGAGGAUUUUUAGACGCAAUUUUAGGUCCAAUAAUAUCAUUAGCUAAAAAACUUUUUGAAUUCUAAUGGCACAACGAAUGGCUCUACUACCACCUGAAUUGAUACCUAAAUAUCAAUUACAAAAACCGGAAAUAUGGUUACACGAUAAUAUUCAAGAUUUAUUAGAAGAAAGUACUUUGACGGAUGAUUUGAAAGUUAAACUAUUAAGUCAAUUGAUUUCGAGAUUUAAACAAACUAUCCAUGCACCGAAAGAACCGAUUCGAGUUUCUUUAACAUCGCAACCAACCGAAGAAUCUCAACAACAAUUGCCCGAACCGACAAAACCAUCGUCUAUCGAAGAUCAGAUAACAGUCUCGAUACCGCUAGCAUAUCAAAAGUAUGUUCCGCAUAUCAUUCAAUUAUUAAAAUCUUACCAAUACGAUUGGAACGAAAAAGGAGAAUUAGUGGUGAAUAACGAACCAAUAAUAAACAGUCACAUAGUAGAUUUAAUGUCCUAUCUUAUGCGAACGAGAAAAUCGACCAUUGUACCCCCGGGUUUUGACACCUUUUGGAAUGGAAUUAUCAAAGCGAAUAUACCCAAAGAAUGGAUUGGAAAUAAAGCAUUGUCGACUCGAUUAAAAAUAGGAGAAUCCCCCGUACUUCGUUUUCGAUCGCCAUCGAUUCCAUCGCCUCCGAUUCGAUCGAUUAGUGUUAGGAAAAAAACUGGCGGAGCAUCUGCUACAAAAAUUCCUAAACGAGUUGCGUCGUCUAAAAGAAAGCAUAUUUCAUGGAAAGAUUAUUGAGAUCUAUUUAUUACACUCCAUCUCAUCCCGCAUCGUUUGGCGGCGUAACAAGCCUAGUAAAAGCAACAAAGUUGCCGAGAAAAACUGUCGAAAAAUGGCUAUCGACUCAAGAUACGUAUACUCUACAUAAACCAGUACGAAUAAAUUAUACGCGUCGUAAAACUAAAGCUCUAUAUCAAGGAGAAUUAUUUCAAUCCGAUCUGAUGGAUGUUCGACAAUUUUCGAAAGUCAAUAAUGGAAUAAAAUAUUUAUUAUCAACUAUCGAUGCGUUUUCUAAAUAUGCGUAUGUAAUUCCAGUUAAAGACAAAAAACCGGAAACGAUAAAAAAAGCGUUUCAAAAAAUAUUUAGAAAAAUAAUUCCUCGGUUUAUCCAUACCGAUAAGGGUAAGGAAUUCAUGAAUUCUGUUAUUAAGGAUUUAUUUAAAAAACAUCAAAUAAAUCAUUAUUAUACUCAUUCCGAAACGAAAGCAUCGAUAGUGGAACGAUUUAAUAAGACCUUAAAAAAUAAAAUUUAUCGUCUUAUUACUUAUCGAAAUUCCAAUAAAUAUAUUGAUAAAUUAAACGAUUUGGUACGAGCGUAUAAUAAUAGCACGCAUCGAAGUAUAGGAAUGUCUCCGGCCGAGGUUAAACCCCAACAUCAUUCGCAAAUUUUUAAUCGACUUUAUGGUAAAACGAAAACUAAAAUAAAAUAUAAAUUUAAAAUCGACGAUAGAGUUAGAGUUUCUAAAAAACGAAAAACUUUUACGAGAGGUUAUUUACCCGGAUGGAGUAAGGAAAUUUUCAUUAUAAAAGAACAACAUCCUACCAAUCCAGUUACUUAUAUCCUGAAAGAUUAUAACAACAACACGAUUAAAGGACGCUUUUAUAACGAAGAAUUGCAGAAAGUAAAAAAUGGAUAAUUUUUAUGUGACUCUAAUAAGCACCGCGAGUAUGGAUUUUUUUCCAAAAAAUACUCAAUCCUCCUUCACAUCGAAAAUUAAUCCACCGAUAAAUUUAACAGGAUCUUGGGAAGUGGGUUUAUCCCAAAUAAUAAUACCACGUUCGUGGUUUAAUAUCACUAGUGAAAAUAACAAAUACGUCAUUACUACUAAGGAAAUGAAAUUGAUUAAAAUAAAAGCCGAAGAUUUAUCUACUCUAAUUCCGUUACAACCUAUGCAAGGAAACAACUCGAGUCAUAUAUUCGAAAAUAUUACGAAUAAUUUGAAAGUUUUGAAAAAGGAUCAUUUUAUUAAUUUUUCUUUUAACAAAGACGAUAGCACUGUAAAAAUUUACGUCGCUAAUGAUUGUGAAUUGCGUUUACUUCCAGAUAGUGGUGGCAUAUUUCUCUCUAUGCUGAAUUUAGAUAAUCAAAAUCCGUUCAUUAUACAGGGAGAAGAAGAACUAACAUUUCGAUAUACUCCGUCUUUACAAGAUUUUAGUGGAGAAUUUUUUACUUUAAUCGAGAAAAAUAGGUAUGUAGAAGAAAUAAGAACCGAAAAUGUUGAAAAUAUAUUACAAAUACCGAGAGGAUUAUACGGAACAAAAGAUUUUCUUAAAGCAUUUCAGAUAAUAAGUUUUAAAUCGCUUCCGGAUAAAAAGCUUCUAUUGAAAAUUCCACGGGGAUCUUCAGUCAAAUUUAAUAAACAAUUAAAAGAUAUAUUAGGAUUUGAUCAAUUAGAAUAUCCCGAAGGAGAAUUUAUAGGGACGUAUCCUUUAGAAUUAAAUGCUGGAAUAACGGAAAUAUUUGUAUAUUCUAAUAUAAUAGAAUCUCAUCAUGUAGGGGAUACUUCGGCUCCGUUGUUUCGAGUAAUUCCCCUCAUGGGAGAAAAAGAACAACAAAUUGAUAAAAUUUAUAACACUCCAUUAUUUUUUCCCGUUCGAACCAAUCACAUAGAGACUAUAUCUAUAGAUCUGCGCUCAUCCACGGGUGAAAACAUAAUUUUUACUUCUGGAAAAUCGCUUUUGGUAUUAUAUUUUAGACGAGUAUAAAAAUCCAUUUUCACAAAAGAAUCAUUUAUUUAAUAAAAUGAAGCUUAAACCAGAGGACUGUAUCGCUUAUUAUCGAUCGCAGGCGGGAGGAUUUUUUUAUCCCGAUUCUAUAUAUCCGCACACCCGUUAUUUUACCCCUCAAUCGGGAUACGGACAAUACUUUAAAGGUCGUCCGAUCCAAUGAGGAUACGGAUUUUUUGGAGACGUGUUCAGACAAGCAAUUCCAAUAUUAAAAGAUGCGGGAAAAUAUAUUGGAAAGAAAGCGUUAAAUAUGGCAAAAGAUAUCGGAUCCGAUUUACUCAGCGGGAAAUCGUUAAAAGAUUCCGCCCUAACACGUAUAAAAGAACUAGGUGAAGGAGUGAGAGAUGACGUCAUUCAAAAAGUUCAAAGCGGGUCGGGUAAAAAACGAAAACGUCGAAGAAAAAGCGUAAAACAAAAGAAUAUUAAGAAGAGGAAGGAAGUCGAUAUUUUUUCUUAAGAAUAAAUGGACCCCUCAUCCUGUCCGUGUCUCAAGUCCGAGCUCGCUUUUUUCGCCACAAUCCCCACACAGCUGUCUAUAGAACAUACUACUGCGACAAUCCUUUUUCCAAUAGCCUCCAUAAGUAACCAAACAUCUCCUAUAGAAUUUUUAAUUCCCGGUUCGGGUGAAAGCUUAAUAGAUUUGAGCAGUAUUUCGAUUAAUGCUCAAUUAUCCGUUACUAAACGAAAUGGAAUGGCUACUUUGGAUACGGACCUCGUUACUCCCGUAAAUAAUUUAUUGCAUAGUAUGUUUUCACGAUGCACCACUUUGUUUAAUGAUAAAUUAGUAUCGACGCAUAUAAAUUAUCCCUAUAAGGCAAUAAUAGACGCUCUCUUAUUUUCGUCUGAAGAAGCGCAAAAAACUUAUUUAACUAGUUCUUUUUUCUACAAAGAUACCGCUGGAUUUUUAAACGAAACCGAUCCGAUUAAAGAUGUAGACGAAGCCGAUCCGAUUAAAGAUGCCAAGAAUGAAGGAUUAAUCGCUAGAUUUAAGAAAAGUAGACAAAGUCAAGUAUUGGAUUUAUAUGGACGACUUCAUUUCGAUUUUAUUAAUCAACCUAAAUUACUGAUAAACGGCGUAGAUGUUCGAAUAAAAUUGGAACGUUCAAAAGACGCUUUUGCUUUAAUGGCAAAUAGCGAUAACUAUCAGAUUCGAUUAAAGAAUAUUAUGUUGAAAGUAAACAGAAUAGAGGUUAGUCCUAGCAUCUUACUGGGAAUGGAGAAGACUUUGGAAAAUUCCGUAAUUAAAAUGCCUUAUAGACGAGUUAAUAUUAAAGUGUUUACGCUAAGUAAAGGUAUUUUGAGUUCAAAUAUUUCAAACGCAAUAAUCGGUCAAAUCCCGAAAAGAAUUAUAAUCGGAUUAGUUCGUAAUAAUGCAUUUAACGGACAGAUCGAUUUAAAUCCUUUCAAUUUUGAAAAUUUCGAUUUAAAUUAUAUUUCUGUUAUAAAGGAUUCGAUUUUAAUUCCUCCUAAUCCUUAUACUCCCGAUUUCGACGAAAAAAGCUACGCUCGAAGUUAUGCAACAUUAUUCGAAGAGAUGGGUGGAAUUCCCUACGGAAAAUACGCUAAUAUAUCGUAUUCCGACUACGCGCAAGGAUACAUGUUUCACGUGUUUGAUUUAACUCCUGAUAAGGCAGCGUCUGAAAAUCAUACAUCGAUAAUAACACACGGAAACAUUAGCAUAGAUUUAAAAUUCAAAAGACCGUUACCGGAGACAAUUAAUGUUGUUUGCUAUUUAGAGUAUCGCAAUACAAUAGAAAUCGAUCGAUCUCGGAAUAUUUUCAUCGAUUAUUAAACGAUGGAUACGAUUACCCUAUGGAAACUAGCAUUAGGAGAUCCAGAAAUUAGCAAGACAUUUGGAGGCGUCUAUCCAUCGGAUUUAUUACCCGAAAAAAUCGGAAAAAAGAAAGGAUUUAUAGUUAAUACCGAUAGCAGUCUAAAGCCGGGACAACAUUGGAUAGCGAUAUAUUUUCAAGAUUCGACGUGUUUUUACUUCGACUCGUAUGGAUUUCCCCCCAAAAUCCCCUCGAUUAUAAAAUUUAUUCGUCGGAAUUCGAAACAGUUACGCUGGAAUCGAUUGACUUUGCAAGGACCGUAUAGUUUUACGUGCGGAUACUUUUGUCUAUAUUUUCUCUAUAAAAUAUCGAGAAAUCAAGACAUGCGAAAAUUACAACCUAAUACUAAACAAUUCAAUGACGCUUUUGUAAUGAGAUUUAUACACAAUAAUUUCCGCUUGGCUAAAUUACCAUCUAAUAUAAAAAUUAACUGUAAUCAAUGUAGCAUUAGUUUACUCAAAUAAAAAAUCUAUUUAAAAUUAAAAAAUGUGUUUUUAUUGAACCUGGAAAAAAAA